AAACAACAGGUUGCGAGGAUUUUUUACUAUGAACGUAGAUAAAGCUGUAGAGCAAUUGUCUGCAGUGGUCGGGGAAGAAGCCAAAGACGAGGUGGAAAGCAACGAGGAGGACGAGGAGGAACUCCCUCCUCUCGAGAAACGAACAGACAUAUUAUACUGCGGCGUUUGCAGUAUUCCGCCAGAGUAUUGCAUCUUUAACCCCCCUGAUUUGUACGCCGAUUGCCUGAGAUGGCAAGCGAAGUGCCACACGGAGCUUUUACCUGAGGGUGCAUCGGUCGACGACAUGCUGGCAAAGCUUAAUCUGCACAAUUCCGGAAGUGGAGGGAAAAUUAACAGCAGUGGUGAUGGUCGAGCAGGUGUCAAUGCAGCAGCAGGCGAAGGAGAGAGCACAGGCGAGGGUGAAGAGGAUGACGGAAACGGAAGAGAAGAAGACGAAUGCGGCAAAAAGAAGAAAGGAGGGCCUAAAGGGAUUAAGAAGAAGGAGACGACAUCAGGGGGCAAGGUCCUCAUCAUGCGCAUGUCUCGGAAUAAGCGCAAGUCAAUCACAGUGGUCACAGGCCUCGAUUCCUAUCCAGAUUUGAAGCUCAAGGACGUGGCCAAGGCGUUGGGAAAGGCCUUUGCGUCCGGAGCAUCUGUUUCGGAUACCGGCAGCGGAGGGAAGGAAAUUGUAAUUCAGGGCGACGUCAUUGACAGCCUGGCGAUAAUGCUUGAGGAAAAGUAUAAGGUACCCGCGACAAAUAUAAUGAUCAAAUCAUAAAGCACGUCGUCCACAAGGAAUGUCAGGAGACGAAGAGAAAACAUCGAUGGCGCACGCCUUGUGUUCCAGCGUUCACCAGACAAAGCGUCAAGCCUGAAGUUUAAGAGGUAGCGCGAGACAAUAAGCGUAACUUAAAUGGAAAGAUCAACUAAAAUGCGUCUA